AUGCACAGCUCUGCAGUUAGGUACGACAUUGCCCUGCUCAAACUGGCUCACCCCGUCUCCCUCACCGACAAGAUCCAGCUGGCCUGCCUCCCUCCUGCCAGCACCAUUCUACCCAACAAGUACCCCUGCUACGUCACAGGCUGGGGAUAUCUGCAUACAUCAGCUGUUCCCAGCCACAGACACAAGCACAACAGAGCAGGCCAGAUCCCCAAACAUGGCCGGAUGGCAGCAGUGAUCCACGGGACAUCACGCCUCACGAGGCAACUGGGCAGAGUCCCUGUGUUCAUGGGAGAGCAGUCGGGGCAGGCACAGAUGCCCGAGUUUGUGGUCACAGAGCGAAGCUUUCUCAUCAGCAGCGGGCCUGCCUGGCUUUGUGCUCUCCCAAAAGGCGAGGAGAGUGAAGGUCUAAGGAAGAACAAGAAAGUCCACCAGGAAACCGGCAGCCAGAUCCUAACUGUGCAUGUCGGCCUCGCCUUCUGCUACGUGUGCACCUUCCCCACAUUACACAAAUCCUUACCUCUCAGCCCUGUUCUUGGGAAACUGGAGUGCAGGGAGGCCCUGCUUUUUCAGCCACAGCCACAGAGCUCCUGUGUGUCUCCCCAGGUCUCCCUGCUAUACAUCUCCAAUGGCAAUUGGUACCACAUCUGCGGAGGGACCCUGAUAGCCAACAACUGGGUCCUGACGGCUGCCCACUGCAUCAGCGACAACAGGACCUACAGUGUGGCGCUGGGACGGCACAACCUCUACAUUGCGGAGUCUGGCUCGCUGGCCGUCAGUGUCUCUAAGACUGUGGUGCAUCCGGACUGGAACUCCAGCGAUGUCUCCAAUGGGUGCGACAUUGCCCUGGUCAAACUGGCUAACCCCGUCUCCCUCACCGACAAGAUCCAGCUGGCCUGCCUCCCUCCUGCUGAUACCAUUCUACCCAACAACUACCCCUGCUACGUCAUGGGCUGGGGAUAUCUGCAUA